UGCAGCAGAGGGCCAUCCACACUGACUGGAGGCUCUGGAGGAGGGAAGGGGCUGGGUCUUACCAGGAGGCAAAAUCUGUGUCACUUUUCAAACUUCUUUCAAGCUAUUCAUUAGCCUGGUGUGCACGCUGCAGCAGCAUUGUCUUCAAUGGGGGGGACAGUCAACAUUUCUAUAUAAGUGACUAAGGCUGAUCCAUCCAUACAGUCAGAACGAAGCAGAUUGCACGUGGUAAGAAGACAACUUAUCCUUGAAGGCAGCCCCCUACACAGAUUGCUGUAGGCACACAUGGACAUUAGUGCUGCGAGUGCAUGACUAAUCUCUCCCUCCCUGGAAGGAGGAUCUGAAAGCACACUCGGUCUUCCUGUUUUCUUGGAGGGAUAUCUGGACUCUGGACACGGCGUGGGGCAGCCUGGUUUUGUAUCAGAGGAAAUAUAUACCUAUAUAUAUAUAUAUAUAUCUUCCUACAGUGACAAAGCAGCCUCUAGACGCCCCUUUCAUCUUUCAUUUGCCAUUGGACUGAGCAAACUUUGCAGACUUUCACAUUCGCCCUCCCAGCCUGUGUCGGUGCUGCUGAUUGUGGAGCUGUGGAUUUCAGCUUUUGAUACAGUAUUAUGGCCAUGGUGGUUAACCCUUGGCAGGAAGACAUCCCAGGGGUGGCAGCCUCUCAGGUGAGCAAUCCACCUGGGUUGUGCAAUCAAGACCCUGGGGGCACACCUCAAACUCCGAGCACUCCUAAAGGAGUUGUCCCAGGUCAGGACCCCGUUCAUUCAGGGGACAAAGGAGUUCCCAACGUGGACUGUAUGGUGUGUGGGGACAAAUCGAGUGGCAAGCACUAUGGUCAGUUCACCUGUGAAGGGUGCAAGAGCUUCUUUAAGAGAUCAGUAAGAAGGAACCUCACCUACACGUGUAGGGGCAACAGAGACUGUCCUAUAGACCAGCAUCAUAGGAACCAGUGCCAAUACUGCCGUUUAAAGAAGUGCCUGAAAGUUGGCAUGAGAAGAGAAGCAGUCCAGCGUGGGAGAAUGUCGCACCCCCAGACCAGCCCUGGCCAGUAUGCUCUAAACAACGUUGAUCCCUAUAAUGGUCAUUCUUACUUAACGGGAUUCAUCUCCUUGCUCCUCCGAGCAGAACCCUACCCAACUUCUCGAUAUGGUGCCCAGUGCCUACAGCCCAACAACAUCAUGGGAAUCGAGAACAUCUGUGAACUGGCUGCCCGUUUGCUUUUCAGUGCCAUCGAGUGGGCUAAGAACAUUCCCUUCUUCCCUGACUUCCAGCUUUCAGAUCAAGUCUCACUCCUUCGCAUGACAUGGAGCGAGCUUUUCGUCCUCAACGCUGCUCAGUGUUCCAUGCCUCUCCAUGUGGCACCGUUGCUAGCGGCAGCUGGCCUCCAUGCCUCUCCCAUGUCUGCUGACCGAGUGGUGGCUUUCAUGGACCAUAUCCGGGUCUUUCAAGAACAGGUAGAAAAGUUGAAGGCACUUCAUAUUGACUCUGCCGAGUACUCCUGCUUGAAAGCUGUGGCGUUGUUUACACCUGAUGCGGUGGGACUAUCCGAUAUUGGUCAUGUGGAAAGUAUUCAGGAGAAAUCCCAAUGUGCCCUAGAAGAGUAUGUCCGAAACCAGUACCCAACCCAACCAACCCGGUUUGGUCGUCUGCUACUCCGUCUGCCAUCAUUGCGCAUUGUCUCAGCACCAGUUAUAGAACAACUCUUCUUUGUGCGUCUAGUUGGAAAAACACCCAUUGAGACUUUAAUCCGAGACAUGCUCUUGUCUGGGUCCAGCUUCAAUUGGCCUUACAUGCCUAUGCAGUAAAGAGGGUCUCCCGAAACCCUUGGACUUCUAAUGCCCAAUAAACCAGCUUACUUUCCACCAUCCACUUUGGCCAGGAAUUCCAGAAGACCUUGGAGGCAAAAAAUGGGUUGGGUCAACAAAACUGACCGGACAGUAGGACAAACAUUUUGCUAUUUCUGAAGGAUUAUGGCUUUUAACUAUGUUUUAGUUUUUACUGAAAAUUGAAUGGCGUGAUUGGUCGGGUUCACGCAUAUAAACAAAAUUCGAGAAACGAGUCAUGUUCCUCAAGAUGUUCAAAGUGUCAGUUUAAACCUGAAUAGUCCAUAAGACUUCAUGAAAACCCAACGGUUCCAUUCAGUCCAUAUUAAUUGUGCUAAAUAUUUGCAGCCAUUAGUUGGCCUGGUCCAGGAAGUGUUCUGCCAAGAGGAUGUGCACUUUUUUCCCCAGGAGUAUGCAGACUUUUUGAAAACCUUAAAUGUUUUACAUGGUGAGAAUUCAUACACGUAUAGACCUUAUUGAAAUUUUACAAAAGACUAUAUAAGAAUUGACACUUGUAAGAUGUCAAAGACUGGCUAGCACUGCAAUCCACAACAUAAAGCACUGAAGAAGACUUGCCCACUUCAUCCCCGUUAGAGGCGUUGAACAAAAGACUAUUUAUAAAAGGAAAGAUGGGGACUGCCUGCUUUUUUCAAUAAAUGUAUGUGUAUAUUUCCCUCCUCAUCCCUCUAUUCCCUUUUGCUUUUUCCUUAUAUAACUGUUUGUAAGAUAUUUUUGGUGUGUGAAUUGUGGUAUUUUUUGGUAACCUGGCGGCAAAAUCUUGUUUAUUUUGCUGGUUGAUCUGGCUAAUUAUUAAAUACAACAUCAGU